UUUAUUGCCCCUCUUUCCUCAUUUUCUCAGAAACGCAUCCACAGCAAAAAUGGAAUCCGAGCUGAAUCCUGCAGCUGAUUCUGGCGUCGACGCUGAAGUGCAAGCGCGCUUCGUCACGAGCGACAAGCGCUACACUGUGACUGACAAGCCGUUUGCAGUGCCCACCCGGCUCAAGCGCUACGGCCUGAGCGAGGUCAUCAACCACCUGCUUGGCCUUGCGUCGCCGCGUCCCUUUGACUUUCUGAUUGACGGCCAGUUCUUGCGCACUUCCCUCGACAAGUACAUUGCCGAGCAUGCCUUGUCACGAGAAACCAUUCUUGAAAUCGAGUACUGCGAGGCCGUCCCGCCGCCGGCUCCGCUUCACUCGUACGAGCACGAAGAUUGGGUCAGCUCCAUCUCGUUCGUGAGCCAGGCUGGCCUGUUCUUGACUGGUUGCUACGACGGCGCGUUGCGCGCAUGGAACCAAGGUGGCAAGUGCAUCGCCGUUUUCGCAAAGCACACUGCCCCGAUCAAGUCCACCACGCUCGUCCGUGAUACUCGUAGCGGCGAGCCCGAGUCUGACAAGCAGGUUUCCCUUGUUUCUGCGUCCAUGGAUCAUACGUUGUUGGCAUGGAAGUUGGACGUGUCUGCAGCAUCUUGCUCUGCUGAUAUUGCCUACAAGCUGGCCGGCCACACUGAAUCUGUUGAUGUUGUCGACUCACAUCCCGACGCAGCUUUCGUGUGCUCGGGCUCCUUUGACAAGACCAUCAAGUUGUGGACACUCAAGGCAGGCGUUGCUGAAGAAGCGCCUGCCGCUCCAGUGAGCAAGAAGGCUCGGUUAGCUCAACCCCAACCAACACACAUUGUCAAAUCUGCACUUUCAACCCUUGUCGGCCAUAACGAUGCAGUCACUGGCGUUGCAUGGCCCUCCAGCAAUACGAUUCACAGUGCUAGCAUGGACUGCUCUGUCCGUGCUUGGGAUGUGGAGACUGGUCGCAAUAAGGCAACCAUGAAUGGAACAAAGGCCAUUUUCGGCAUGGCAUCCACAUCUAGUGCCACGUCAGAGCUGAUCAUCACUGGCCACGCUGACGAGGCCAUCCGUGUCUGGGAUCCCCGCGUCCAAGACGGCGUUGUCGUCAAGUUGACGCUCCGCUCGCACAAGGGAAUCGUCUCGUCAUUGUCGUGGGCGCCUGGAUCCCAAACGCAAUUUGCGACUGGCUCGUACGACAACACUGUCAAGCUCUGGGACUUGCGAAGCCGCACUCCGCUGUUCACCAUCGCCGACCACACUGAUCGUGUUUUGUGCGUCAACUGGGCCGCGAGCGAUCUUAUCGGCUCUGGCUCUGUGGACAAGACCCUUCAACUCAAGCUGCUGCGCAGCUCCGACACUGCUGUCGCUGAAAACGGCACCAGCGCCACCAAGACUAGCCAGCCAAUGGACGUCGAUACUACUGCAAGCAAGCCUGCCUCCAAGAGCAAGGUUGCUACUCCCCGUCGUUAAUUUCCAUGAAUACAGUGAUUUUGUUUUUCUCAGGUUUUUGUUUUCAAUCAGCUUGUUUCAGCAAUGCUUCCACGGAGAAAACUGUAUUAAUUUCCUG